CAGGGCCGCCAUUGCCUCGGUGUUGCAGCAUGCGCGGUCCCUGCCGGGUUCCCGCGACUGGCAGCCGGGGCACAGAGCUGAGCAGACGGGCAGGCAGAGGCUGCGGAGAGGCAUGUGGGCUGCGGAGGAACUGAAAGGUGCCGAGUGUCACGAGUCACCAGGGCCAUGCUCUGGACCAGGGCAGCCAACCUGAGCCGGAGAAGGAGCCAGAAUUUACCAAUGUACUUUGCCAAAGAGCCGCAGUAACAGUGUCUGUCAGCCUCCGGGUGCUCCACAUCGACGUCUUCCACAACGCCAGCUCCACGGACAUGGCGGGGAUGGCCCUGCUGGGCGACCUGGAGACCCACUCCCUGGCCUGCAGCACCUGCGAGAUCCGCUUCCUGCAGCCCUGGGCCCAGCAGGGCCUGACCCCGAAGCAGUGGCAGGACCUGGAGCUGGUGAUCCAUCACUACCUAUUCAACUUCAACCGGACUGUGACCAGAAUAGCCCAGCAGCAGGGAAUGGGCUACCCCUUUGUUACCCAGGGCUCCCUCGGCUGCGAGCUGCACCCCAACGGCACCUCGAGGGGAUUCUAUGACGCCGCGGUGAAUGGGGAGAACUUCAUCAGCUUCGACGUGGACGGAGGCACCUGGGUCGCUCAGCAGGGGGACAAGCUGGGUGCACUCUACACCCGGGACCUUCUCAUCCAGAAUAAGGGCGCAACCACCACGCUUCAGUUUCUCCUGAGAACAACGUGUGUCAAUCAGCUCAAGAGCUUUGUCCAGUACGGGAAAGAGUCUCUGGAGAGGCAAGAGCGGCCGGUCGCCGUGGUGUUUGCCCGAGCGCCUCCCCCAGCUGGGACCCCCGCGCCGGUACUGCUGGUUUGCCGGGUCACCGGUUUCUACCCCCGGCCCAUCCGCGUGGCCUGGCUGCAGGACGGGGAGGAGGUGGUGCCGGGCUGGUGGCUGAACUCCAGCGGGAUCCUGCCCAACGCGGACCUGACCUACCAGUUGCGCAGCUCCCUGGGCGUGGAGCCGGGCGCCGGGCACAGCUACGCCUGCCGGGUGCAGCACAGCAGCCUGGGGGGCCAGAGCCUGCUGAUCCCCUGGGAGCAGAGCAGGCCCUGGGGCCCCGGCCUGGCCGUGGGCAUCACCCUGGGGGUUCUGGCCGUAGCCGCUGUGGCCGUGGUGCUGUGGUGGAGGAGAUGCAGGGUUCCCGCGACUCGCAGCUGCGGGAACAGAGCUGAGCAGAGACAGAGAGAGAGAGAAGUUGGCAAUGAGGGGCGUGGGCUGCAGAGGAACUUCCCUGACGCCCGCCAGAGCCCGGAUCCCCCUUCCCCUGCCAGGAUGCUGCUCGCUCUGCUGCUCCUCCCCUGGGCAUGGGGGGCCCUGGCCGCCUCCCCUCCUGUCCCCACAGCAUCUGUCACCCUCCGGCUGCUCCAAAUUGACGUCUUCCACAACGCCAGCUCUGUGGACAUGUGGGGGAUGGCCCUGCUGGGCGACCUGGAGACCCACUCCAUGGCCUGCAGCACCUGCGAGAUCCGCUUCCUGCAGCCCUGGGCCCGGCAGGGCCUGACCCCGAAGCAGUGGCAGGACCUGGAGCUGCUGAUCCAUCGCUACCUAUUCAACUUCAACCGGACUGUGACCAGAAUAGCCCAACAGCAGGGACAGGGCUACCCCUUUGUUACCCAGGGCUCCCUCGGCUGCGAGCUGCACCCCAACGGCACCUCGAGGGGAUUCUAUGACGCCGGAGUGAACGGCGACGACUUCAUCAGCUUUGACGCAGAUGCAGGGAAAUGGGUCGCUCGGCAGGGGGAUAACGUGGCUGCGCGCUACACCCGGGAUCUUCUCAACCAGGAUAAGGGCACAGCCAGCGCUCUUCAGUUUCUCCUGAGAACAACGUGUGUCAGUGAGCUCAAGAGCUUUGUCCAGCACGGGAGAGAGUCUCUGGAGAGGCAAGAGCGGCCGGUCGCCGUGGUGUUUGCCCGAGCGCCUCCCCCAGCCGGGACCCCCGCGCCGGUACUGCUGGUUUGCCGGGUCACCGGUUUCUACCCCCGGCCCGUCCGCGUGGCCUGGCUGCAGGACGGGGAGGAGGUGGUGCCGGGCUGGUGGCUGAACUCCAGCGGGAUCCUGCCCAACGCGGACCUGACCUACCAGCUGCGCAGCUCCCUGGCCGUGGAGCCGGGCACCGGGCACAGCUACGCCUGCCGGGUGCAGCACAGCAGCCUGGGGGGCCAGAGCCUGCUGAUCCCCUGGGAGCAGAGCAGGCCCUGGGGCCCCGGCCUGGCCGUGGGCAUCACCCUGGGGGUUGUGGCCGUAGCCGCCGUGGCCGUGGUGCUGUGGCGGAGGAGACGCAGGGGCUACCAGGAUGUUAGACCAGAGGAGUCCAGGCCCUGAGGGGGUGGCACCGGACCAGGCGUGGGGAUCGGCCCCUCUCCUGGGGACAUGGACCUGUGCCCUGCUAUAAGCGAUUUGUCCUGGACUGGAACUCUCUGCUGGGUCCCACCAGAGCUGCAUCGUCACUGCGGCGUAGUAUCCGCAGAGCCAGGUCAGUGAAGCUCUGGCUCAGAACCCCACGCAGCCACAUGGGAAUUGUUGGUUAAAGAUCAGUGACCAGGAGCCAGAAAGCACCAGCAGAAGCAAUGGAACUGAGAGACAGCCUGGAACAGCAACAACAAGGGGCAGAAACUCGACUGAGAGAGAAGCAGGCCCUGGCCCAGCUGGAAGCAGAAGCUGCUGAAAGAGAGGAACUGCUCGUAAGGGGCGCAUGGAGCUGCUGGCUGCUGAGGAGGGUUCGCCAGAUGCGACAGAAAGGGCCAGACUCCAGCUCCACGUGCAAAGAGCAAGGGAAGAACAGCAGAAACGGUCUCCUCUUGAGAGUCCAGGUUGUAACAGUGUUGGUGUUUGUUACUCUGAGCAGUGUCUGUCUUGAACCAGUUUGCGAUGGCCAGGGAGAGGGUGACCGCUCGCUGGCGCCCCCAGGGCCGGCCUUAGGAUUUACGGGGCCCUCGGCAGGAUUAUUAAACUGGUGCCCCUGUGCCCCACGGCAGCCCGGGCUCGCAGCCUGGCGGGGGCGGAGGGACAGGGCAGAAAGAACAAGGCGCCCGGCUCACCUCACGGUGGGGGAGAGUCACCAUUCCCCGCAGAGACCCCUGUCCCCUCCCCUCCCGCAGAAUGGACGUGCAGAAGGUACCUAAUUGAAAGCACUAAACUUGGGAAUAAAAAAUGUCAGUCACAGGA